AUGAGUUCAGAAGCAGAUACCUCGUCUGGUGUUCGUCCAACCGACGACAAGGGCAAGAGAAAACGGCCCGAGUCACCCUCUCAAGACCUAACGUCUAGAAAGUCAACGGAUAGGAAGAUCCCUCAGAGGCAGUCAUCGAGGGUCAAUUCAAUCAAGGCACCAUGGUUCACCGAGAAUAGUGCAGAAAGUCAUACAGAUCGCACACUCGAUAACCUUGGCAAUUUCAGGAAGUUCUUACGUGACUCCCGUGAUGAGGCAGAGCUUGCUGUAUAUCUUGGACUUCAGCACAAACACGACCUCAGGCAUUUUGCAUUAUCCUGGCCUGCACCGCAUAAGCAGACAGCGUCACUGAAAGUUGAGAUAAGUCAUCUCAUCCAGGAUGGCAAAGAAUUAUCCUGUAUCGAAGACCCAUACGAGAUUUGGCCCCAACGCCCCCGGGAGUCAGAAGAACACACCUCUUUGAGAAUGACACACAUCAUGGCAUGGCAUCUAGUCCAAAUGUCCAAGGACAUAGAGGAGUACAUUAUGUCUAGCGAUCUGCAUAAUUACCACCGCACAAGAAGAUAUCGCGGUGAACUAAGCGCGAUGCUAGAGCUCGAUAUCUCGCUGGACAAUGUGUCACAUCCUCGUCCUCGCCUGACGUCUUGGAGAAACGAUCCAAAUGAAAGAUUUGAUCGAUGCUGGACAAUCUUGAGAUAUAUAUCAUGGAUCCCCUACAUGAAGUCAUGGGAGAAGGUACUGGGAUUCUUCGUCUCAUCAACAAACAAGGCUGCCAUAUACGACAGCAGCAUGCCGACAAGAACGAUACCCAGGCCCAACCAUGUUAGAUUAGCUCAGCAAUGCUCCUCUGUAUUUCCAGAGGAAAUUACCAAUGCCCUUGCCCCGAUUCAGGUGAAGGUCACCUGGGACAGGAACCGAAACACACUUGGGAACAUGAAUCUGUGUCGUGUUCUCACAGGAAUUGCACAUGCCGGGAAAUUGCUUCCUCCAGCGGAGCAGACGAUGACACAAGACCCUCGACUAUGCAGAACGGGUGCAUCAUUCCGGGACAUCAUUCGACAUAUGAUGUCUUGUGGAGGUUAUGGAUUGAACUUGUAUGAGAUGAUGUUGUCAUAUCGAGUGGAGACUGAUAGUUGUUGUUAUCAGGUAGACGCCUUCCGAUCCCAGUGGAAGGUACUCCAUGGGAUUUUUUCUGACCCGGCCAACACGAAUUUCGUGAUUCGGGUGCUUCUGGAUGUCCAUGAUUACCGGAAUGGGGAUGUGUACGAAACGACUGAACUACCACCAGUGUACUGA